UAUACUUUUCAUUUGUAAAUACUUUUCAUUUGUAAAUUUUUAAAAUUUUGUGCUUAAUUUUCAUCCUCUUUAAACCAAAAUUGGUGGUUGGAUUAUACAAUUCAAUAUCAGAGAAACACGAAACCCCAAUUAAUUGUUUAAUUUCUUAAUUGUUUUGCUUAAUUUUGCCCCUUUUCUCACCAUUGUUUCGGGUGGAAGAGGAUGAGUGUGGUUGUGGAUAUCAGCGGUGCAAUUAGCGGGGUUAAGUAAAGGUUUAAGUGACAUGUGGUUUUUUUUUGAAAUCAUUGGAAUUUGCCCCCUGAUUACUUAAUUUUGAUUAUAUUCAAAAUUAGAAGAUGUGGGUCUAACAGUUUGGAUAAGAGGAGAGAAUACAAGUAUUCAGCUAGCUUUGUCUUGACAAUUAGUCAGUCUUAAACAACAUUUCUAUGUGAAGGCUUUGCAAGUAAAAUAAAAGUGAAUGAGUUUUCAAACUGUAUCAUCAAGGGAUUUCCUGUGACUCAUGUGCCGUUGUAAUAUGAAGCUAAUUUUAGAUAUUUGGAGGGUGAAGCUGGUUUCUACAAAGAUUUAACUGUUGGGUGUGGAAAAUAAUGCACUGUGUUUUGUGUAUGAGAUGAUAUGUCAUCUCUAACUUACGAAGAGAGCAUGAAUCUAAAUGGACUACAAGCUAUGCUGCUAUAUAUGGUAUUCAUCGGAAUAAAUGCUGCUGUAAGUGUUCGUGCUCAAAUGAGCUCGGAUUCCAGCAUCCAAGGGCGACCAGAUAUAGUGUGUACGUUGCAGUCUUCCAGUCUCUCCUCAUCGGGCUUUUGUGAUGGCUCUUAUCCUCGUUUCUAGAGACUAUUUUGCCGUUAUUUACACUGACAGCGAGGAAUUGCAGCAAGCAGUUUCUAAAUUAGCCUGGCUUCUUGGUGUGACAAUGGUUCUUAACAGUGUUCAGCCUGUCAUUUCAGGAGUUGCCAUUGGAGGAGGAUGGAAAGCGACUGUGGCAAAUAUAAAUUUGGGAUUAUGGGGCGGUAUGAUAGCUGGAACCCUCUUGCAGAAACUCAUUCUACUCUUCAUCCUUUACAAAACUAAUUGGAAUAAAGAGGUGGAGGAAACAAGCAGCCGAAUGCAGAAAUGGGGUGGGCAGGACAUCAAUUAAUGCAGAUAACAAGGGUGAUAACAUAUGAAUGACUUGCUUCAACUGACAUUGAAUUUCUGUUCUUGCAUCACUUGAGCUUCAGUUAAUAGCAGAUAAUUUGGAUGUUUUGACUAGAACUUAUGCUGUCCACGACAAAGAGGUGAGCUAACCACUGUGACAGGGAAAACCAUAGUUUCAUGAUAAUGCCGAAUCACCAAGUCUCCAUUUUUGAGCAUCUUUUCACCUUUCAAAGUUUACUGAAUUGUUGGAGGGUCGGUGCUGCCACAGACGUUGCUUCUCUAGAAACCUCAGCAAGAUCAUCGCCUUUCCUCUUUUUGCUAUAAUUUUAUGAUAAUGUUGAAUCACCAAGUCUCCAUUGUUUGAGCAUCUUCUCACCUUUCAAAGUUUACUGAACUUCUGGAGGGUCGGUGCUGCAAAAUGAUCACCUUUCCUCUUUUGAAUGUAAUUUUGUUACUGAUUAUCUGCAAUACAUGUACUCCUGAAACAUGUUACCAGAGUA